AUGACCGAGCAAGUUACUGAGAAGCUUGAGAAUUUGUCUACAACAGAGGAAGCUGGUGUUGAACAAAAAGUUACACCAUGGGACGUUGAAGGUGCAGUGGAUGAAAACGGUGUUCAACAAUCCAUUGACUAUGAAAAAUUGAUCAAACAAUUUGGUACUAAAGCUAUUGGUGAAGAAACCUUAGCCAGAUUUGAGGCUGUGACCGGUCACAAGCCUCAUCAUUUCUUGCGCAAAGGUGUUUUCUUUAGUGAACGUGACUUCACAAAGAUUUUGGAUUUGUAUGAACAAGGUAAACCAUUUUUCUUGUAUACUGGCCGUGGUCCUUCUAGUGACUCAAUGCACUUGGGUCAUAUGAUCCCAUUCAUCUUUACAAAAUGGUUACAGGAUGUUUUCGAUUGUCCUUUAGUUAUUGAAUUAACAGACGAUGAAAAGUUCUUGUUCAAGCCAAAGUUGACCAUUAAAGAUGUCAAAAAGUUCACCAAGGACAAUGCAAAGGAUAUCGUCGCUGUUGGAUUCAACCCAGAGAAGACUUUUAUUUUCUCCGAUUUAGAAUACAUGGGUGGCGGUUUCUAUGAAACAGUGGUACGGAUUUCGAGACAAAUCACGGGAUCAACAGCCAAAGCUGUGUUUGGUUUCACCGAUUCAGAUUGUAUUGGUAAAUUCCAUUUUGCUUCUAUUCAAAUUGCAUCUGCUUUCCCAAGUUCUUUCCCUGAUGUGUUGGGUUUACCCGAUAAGACCCCUUGUUUGAUUCCAUGUGCUAUCGAUCAAGAUCCAUACUUCAGAGUCUGCAGAGACGUUGCCGACAAAUUAAAAUAUAGCAAGCCUUCCUUACUACAUUCUAGAUUUUUCCCUGCAUUGCAAGGUUCUUCCACUAAGAUGAGUGCAAGUGAUGACACCAGUGCCAUUUUCAUGACUGAUACUCCAAAACAAAUACAAAAGAAGAUUAAUAAGUAUGCGUUCAGUGGAGGUAAAGUUUCCAUGGAAGAACACAGAAAAUACGGUGGUAACCCAGACGUUGAUGUUGCAUACCAAUACCUGUCAUUCUUCAAAGAUGACGAUGAGUUUUUGAAGCAAUGCUAUGACCAAUACAAGAGCGGUGAAAUGCUGUCAGGAGAAAUGAAGAAGAUAUGUAUCGAAACUUUACAAGCUUUUACAAAGGCGUUCCAAGAGCGUAGAGCAGCAGUUGAUGAUGAGACAUUAGAUAAAUUCAUGAAACCACACAAACUAGUUUGGGGCCAACAAGAAAGACUGGUCCCAGUCAAACCAAAGGAAGAUAAGAAGAAGAACACUGAAGCCUGA